CCAUGGCCCACUGGGGCCUGCUAUGGCCCCGUGCCCGGCGUGCGGCCCUGGCCACAGCUGCACGUCCCGACGCGGACCCGCUGGGCCGAUGGCUGGCGUGCGGCCUGGCCACUGUGGCGGUGGCGCACCGCGCCAAGGGCGGCUCGAAGGCGGAGAUCCGCGAGAUCCGCGAGAUCCGCGCGCCGGAGACGCAUCGGAGGAACUACGAAUUCGUGCGCCUGGAGAACGGCAUGCAGGUCAUAUUGGCCUCAGAUGCCAACUGUGACCGGGCAGCCUGUGCCCUUUGUGUGGGCGUGGGCAAGAUGCAUGAACCCAAGGACAUGCCUGGCUUGGCACAUUUCUGCGAGCACAUGCUGUUCUUGGGCACAGAGGCUUUUCCAGAAGAGGCGGAGUACAAGCGCUUUGUCAAGCGCCAUGGAGGUAAGUGCAAUGCCUUCACGAGCGACUCCAAGACCUGUUAUGUCUUUGAUGUGGCACCUGCCCACUUGUCAGGCGCCUUGGAUCGUUUCUGUCAAUUUUUCCGCACGCCGCUCUUCAGUGAGAGCGCCACGGAGCGUGAGAUCAACGCUGUGGACAGCGAGCAUAGCAUGAACAUCCAAGCCGAUUCCCGGAGAAGCUAUGCAGCCUUGCUCCUGGACGCGAACCCGCGACACCCGCUGCACUGGGGCUCUGGCAAUGCACAGAGUUUGAGAGAGGAGCCAAAGAAACGAGGCGUCAAACUCCACAGCGAGGUGGUGAAAUUUUACAAGGAGAACUACACUUCGGAGGACAUGACCCUGGCAAUCGUGGGCAAAGAGCCGUUGGAUGAGUUGCGUCAGAUGGUCUUCGAGCGUUUCCGAGCGGUGACGAGCACCGGGCGCACCGCCCUCCGGGGAGACGAGCAUGGAGGUAGUGAACUGCCAUUCCGACCACAGGACUUUGUUGGUGCCUGUUGGCGAGUUCCUUCGAAGGACUAUCGCCAGGUGACCUUUUCCUGGCAGUUGCCGCAGUGGCAGGUGCCAUUCUGGAAGUCCAAACCCAGCAACUACGCCUCUCACAUCCUGGGCCACGAGGGGCCGGGGUCCUUGCUCUCGGCGCUGAAGGCGGCUGGCUGGGCCACGGCCUUGAGUGCUGGGGAGGCGGACUUUGGCACCUUUUCGCAAUUUCAGGUCAGCAUUUCCCUCACUGACCAGGGCUUAGAGCAAGUGGAAGAGAUUGGCCGGAGGCUCUUUACGACGAUUGCGUUGCUGCGCAGCUCUCCCGUGUCUGACUGGAUGCUACAGGAACUCCGGCAGCUGAAGGAGGUGAAAUUCCGUUUCGCGGAUGACCAACAGCCUUAUGGCCUGGUGGUGCGCCUGGCGGAGAAUCUCCAGAAGUAUCCAGCGGAAGAGGUGCUAUCUGGACCCAUUUUACUUCCGGAACCUGAUCCGGUCAAAGUGGUGGACUAUCUUCAACACCUGACUGUAGAUCAAGUUCGUGUGGAAUUGGUUUCGAAAAAGUUCGAAGAUCGAUGCACCAAAAAGGAUCCAUGGUAUGGUGGGAAGUAUUAUCGAGCUCCACUGGAGGCCAGCUGGCUCGAAGCCUGGCGACGCGUGGAAAUUCCUGGCUCUGCGAACGUCAAAGCCCAGGAAUUUGGGCUCCGGCUUCCAAAGCCUAACGUUUUUGUGCCGCAGGACAUCUCGGUCUCGCCGCCGGGAAUUCCGGGCUCCCCAUGGCCGGAACGGCUCGCCGCAACAGGGCGCAGCUAUCAGAUCUUUCAUCGAAAGGAUGAUCGAUUCCUGCAGCCCAAGACUCUGGUGGCCUUCAACGUGCAUUGCCCGCGAACCUUCCAAGACGCGUUGCGGCAUCUUCUGACGACGAUCUGGUGCAGCUGCAUCGAAGAGGAACUGAAUGAGUUCGCCUACGAUGCGUCCCAGGCGGGCCUGGCAUAUAGUCUGGACUCCUCUGUAACAGGUAUGUCUUUGAUGGUUGCUGGCUUCAGUGACAAGUUACCGGUGCUCUUGGAGGCAGUGGUUUCGAGGAUGGGAAAGGCCGUCUCUUCCAGUAGCUUCGACAUCGUGUUAGAUCGAUACCAACGUCACCUGCGGAACGUGGCGCUGAAGCAACGGCCUUGCGACCUGGCUCUGCGCAAAUCCACGGAGCUCACACGACAGAAUCACUUCUCUACGGAGGAGAUGCUUGCGGUGAUCGACCAAGUGCGCUUGGAAGAUGUGCAAAGUGAGCAUCAGAGGCUCUUUCGGGACGCCUUCUUCGAGACGUUGGUCACCGGCCACGCCGGGACUGCGGAGGCCGAGCAGUUGGCCGAGCACCUGGCGCCCUUGGUGCCAGGCGGCCGAGCGCCCGAGGAUCCAGAAGAAGCUGAAUUUCCUGAGGGCCAGACCCUGUGGAUUAUUCCUGGCACCAAUCCUGAGGAGCGGAACAAUUGCGUGCUGAUGGAACUUCAGUUGCCAGGAAACCUACAGGGAAGCGUCUUCACGGCCUUGCUGGUGCGGAUGCUGAAUCCCAAAGUUUUCGAGGAUUUGCGCACCAAGCAACAAUUGGGCUACAUCGUGCAGUUGAGCAACAUGGAAGGGAGGCGCUUUCAAAAGCUUCGGCUCCUGGUCCAGACGGAGUUUGAGGCGCCUGAAGUCCGGGCACGGAUCGAAAGAUGUUGGAAGCGACAGCUGCAAUGGGUCCUGGAGGAGAUGGAUGAGGCUGAGUUUCAGCGUCAGAAGCAGGGCCUGGGGUCCCUACUGGCAGAGGCGCCCAAGAAUCUCAACGAAGAAUUUAACCGAUUCUGGGUGGAAGUCACGAGGCGACGCUACGACUUUCAACGGCGCCAGAAGAAGUUGGAGCUGCUGCGUGCAGCGGAAUUGCAGGCCUUCAGGGACUUUGUGGCCCAGCUGGAUGCUGCUCCCAGGCUUUUCAUCGAGAUUCAUAGUCUCCAGAGGUCCAAAGAGUUGGGCGAAGCGUUGACUCCGUCGGCUGUGGAUCGUGUUUGGAAUGGGAUGGAGGCCUUGCAAAGCUUCCGCAGCACUGCCAACUGGAGAGCCACUGAGAGGAUCGCCGCGAAGUUGUGAAAAAAA